AAAAAAUUAAAAUUAAUUUGCCGAUAUUGCACUUGCGUUUUUCUUUCCAAAUUUGGAUCAUCGCUCCUUUUACUAUAUUUACUAAAUUAUUUGCAACUGUAAGCCUUGAUUCACGCAUAUGUUCACGAACCGUAAGAACUAUGUCAAGUCUUACAGAAGUUUCCAGUAGCAAAACAUUUGGUGGUUAUCAAAAAGUUUUUAACCAUAAAAGUAAAGAACUAGCUUGUAAUAUGAAUUUUGCAAUUUACAUUCCACCACAAGCAAGCCAUGGUAAAGUUCCAGUGUUAUUUUGGUUGUCAGGUUUAACAUGCACAGAAGGAAAUUUCAUAACAAAGGCAGGAUGUCAGAGAGUUGCAUCAGAGCAAGGAGUUAUUGUUGUUGCUCCUGAUACAAGUCCACGUAAUUGUAACAUUGAGGGAGAGGAUGAUAGUUGGGAUUUUGGAACAGGAGCAGGAUUUUAUGUUGAUGCAACAGAAGAAAAAUGGAAGAAACAUUUUAGAAUGUACUCUUAUGUCACAAAAGAGCUUCCUGCUCUUGUUAGCGCCAAUUUCCCAGUUCUUGAAGGACACAUGUCAAUUUUUGGUCACAGCAUGGGCGGUCAUGGUGCACUGAUUGCUUUUCUAAAAAAUCCUCAAUUAUUCAAGUCAGUAUCAGCGUUUGCCCCAAUCUGUAAUCCAAUUAACUGUCCUUGGGGACAAAAAGCUUUCAAAGGAUAUCUUGGAAGCAAUGAAGACUCGUGGAAGACUUAUGAUGCUUCGGAAUUAAUAAAAAAUUACGAAGGUCCAAAGCCGGAAAUUCUAAUUGACCAGGGAGUUGCUGAUAGUUUCUAUCAUUCAAAACAACUGCUUCCUGAGACAUUUCAAGAAUCGUGUAAACAAGCUGAUUAUCCUUUGAAUAUACGAAUGCACAAGGAAUAUGAUCAUAGUUACUAUUUUAUCUCAACAUUUGUAGAAGAUCACGUAAAACAUCAUAUGAAAUUUCUCAAAUCUUAGCAACGAAAUCGUUUUUUGUGUAUGUAUGGUAAAAAUAGUGAUACAAGUGUAGUUUAAAUUUAAAUACGAAAUAUAUUGUUGAUGCGAAAAAAGAUGUUGAAAUAUUCAUCUUUAUAAAAAAGCAGAAUACAUUGUCAAAUUUACAUGAAUAGUCAUAAGUUUUCGGUAAACGUACAAAUUGUCAAGGAGGGAGAAAUGGACUUGCUUACGUCAUGAGUGUUAACCUUUAGUAACCUUAAUUCGGAGCGCCUAUUUCAAUAAUCAAUUAUAAUACCUUAAUAAAAACCAUUAAAAUCUGGAACUUCGUUUUCA